CUCGAGCUGUGGGUGGCGCUCCGGCUCAGUCUGUGGACUUCAGUCUGUUCCGUUCAGGGUGACAAAAGGCGCACCGGGACCCCCGGAAUCUCGGCUGAACUAAGACAGAACAGGACGAGACCGCGGCAUGGUGCUGUGAGGACCGUGUUCCGACCCACGCUCGGGACCCGCUGCCUUAAAACCGCAGCUUUUUUAUUUUUUUUAAAUUUCCGCAUCCGAGCGUCUUUUUUUUUUUUAACCACAUCAUGGAGCGUGAAGGAAGCUGGCUGCUCCUGGCCUCACUCAUCAUUUUAAUCAGUCCUCAAGCUGAAGGAUAUACUUACAGAAAUCAGCGCAGGUUCUCAGAGGAGAUUGACUGGUCAUAUGCAGGAACUUUAAACCAACAUAACUGGGCCAAGAAGUUUCCAUCAUGCAGCAGUGCCAAGCAGUCUCCUAUCAACAUCGAGGAGGACUUGGCCUCAGUGAAGCUGCAGUACCAGAAGCUGAUGUUUGAUGGGUGGGAGGAACCGACAAAUGAGAGGACAACCAUCACAAACAACGGCAAGACAGUGACGGUCAAUGUGGAUGGAGAGUUCUAUAUUAAUGGAGUGGGACUGAGGUCAAGGUUCAAGGUGGGCCAUAUCACCUUCCACUGGGGCCGCUGCAAUGCCUCCUCAGAGGGCUCCGAACACAGUCUGAAUGGAGUCAAGUACCCUUUAGAGAUGCAGAUCUACUGUUACGAUGCUCAUCAGUUUGACUCUUUAGAUGAAACCAACAAGGCCAGCGGCAGAAUCACAGCCCUUGCUGUUCUGUUUGAGACGGGCUCAGAAGACAACAUUAACUACGCAUCCAUCGUGGACGGGAUCAACAGCGUGAGCAGAUACGGAAAGACUGCAGAGCUGUCACCUUUCACUCUGCAAGGUCUGCUGCCCAACUCCACAGAGAAAUACUUCAUCUAUAACGGCUCUCUGACCACGCCGCCCUGCAGCGAGAAUGUUGAGUGGAUCGUCUUCAAAGACAAAGUCACCAUAUCUGAUGAGCAGUUGGAGAUGUUCUGUGAGGUGAUGACGAUGCAACAAGCUGGAUAUGUCAUGUUGAUGGACUACCUGCAGAACAACUACAGGGAGCAGCAGGACAAGUUCACGGGUCAGGUGUUCUCCUCCUACACAGGGACUGAGGAGGUCCACACUCCAGUCUGCAGUUCAGAGCCUGAGAACCUCCAGGCAGCACCUCAGAACCUCAGCAGCGUCCUGGUGAUGUGGGAGCGGCCGCGGGCUGUGUACGACGACAGCAUAGAGAAGUACUCCAUCAGCUACAGAGUGGCUCACGCAGACCAGGAGGCCUUCUCUGAGUUCCUGACUGACGGCUAUCAGGACACGGGGGUGAUACUGGAUGACCUGCUGGCCAACACCUCCUAUGACGUCCAGGUGGUGGCUGUCUGCACCAACGGUUUGUACGGACAUGUGAGCAAAAUGCUGACAGUUUUCAUCCCCAUCACUGAUCCCGAAAAUGCCCAAGAUCCAGAUUCAAACGAAUUUUCCUUUCUGCCUGAGCCCAACUUGUCCUUGGAUGAGCUUGAAGAGUCGAUAAACAGUUUAGAUUGGAGUGAUACAGACACAAGGAGGACCAUGACUCCUGCAACACCUUUAUUAGCCCUGCCUGACAUCCCAGCUACUACAGCAGAGUCCAAUCAAAGGAGAACCAGCACUGAUUCUGAACACCCUCUGAAAUCCACCAAGUCUGGUGAAAUGUUGGUUCAUUCUGAAGAGACAGCUCUCUGGGGUAGCCCCUCACAGCCACCAGUGGUCAAAAUAUCAACAGAAACAAACAACGCUUUUAAUUCUGUUACAACACAGGAAACCUUCGUUUCAAUUCCUGCUGCUCCUUCAGUCACAAAGUCAGGUGGAUUUAAUGGAGACUUAAAUUCAAGAGCUGCAUCUGAAAAGACGAAAGAUGGAAUGAGUACAAUUAAUCCGACAGUCUCUUUGUUCUCAAAGACAAAAUCUGUGAAGUAUUCAGGAGUUUCUGAUCAUGUCUCUGUCCCAACCACUGUGUCCUCUGACUCCAGAGACACUAAAGACAUGAACUACACACCAUCAUCACCCCUCAUGAAUAAGACUGACGACAGUUUAGAAGAAGUCAUAAAGAAAGACAACUACACAGGUGACCGUGUUUCUACAGAACUCAGAGGUUUUCCUGAGGUCCAGAUGCCAGGUCCAACUGUUCAGACUUCCUUUUCCAGAGAAGUCCAACAGGAAUCAAGUCUCAAUGUGCCUCACUCUCCAUCUACAACCACCUCUGUCCUGCUGAGUGGGGUUGUCUUGCAGCCCACACGAUUACCAUCGAAUGCUUCCCCAUCAUCUCCCACUGCAGAGGGACAAGUGUUUGACAGCAUCAGUGUCUCUGGCUCAACUCUGUUCCCUGACUCCCAGGAGGCCGUUGACCAUGAAUGGGACAAGGCAGAAGCCUCGGCCUCUGGGCAGAGUGGCAUUCCUUAUUCAACCACUGCUUCAGUCGUAACAGUGGGAUCUGGCCAGAGCUCAGGUGAUCUGGAAGAACAGUCCUCAACAUUUUAUUUUGAAAGCGGCAGUGGUGCCAUCCCUGAAGUUGGAGGUUCAGGGUCCUCAGCUAUUUCAGAGGUAACUUCAUCUUCACCCAGGUCAUUGGGUGGGACAGAUAGGAGCAGCUCGGAACAGGGUGAAAGCCUCUAUGACAAUGAGACGUCUUCGGACUUCAGUAUCUCCGAGCGUGCAGAAAGAGAGUCUGAGGAAGAAGAGCCAGUUGAAGAUGCCGGGAACAGCAGCCACGAGUCCAGGGUGGGCUCGGUCAGGGACAGAGAGAGGAAGGCUGUUCUUCCUCUGGUGGUCAUCUCCACUCUGACUCUUCUUGGCCUGGUGGUCCUCAUCGGUAUCCUCAUCUACUGGAGGUUGUGUUUCCAGACGGCUCACUUCUACAUCGACGGCAUCUCAUCUUCCAGAGUUAUCGUGGCUCCGCCCACCUCCACGCUGUCAUUUGAUGACCAAUCAGCUCGACCACUGACAGACUUUGUCCAACAUGUUGCUGAGCUUCACAGCUCUCGGGGCUUCCAGCAGGAGUUUGAGAAACUGAAGAAGAGUUAUGAGGAGGUAUGUUCAGUAAACAUAGAGAUGUCUGCUGACAGCUCCAAACAUCCUGAUAACAAGACUAAAAACAGAUACAGCAACAUCCUGGCCUAUGACCACAGUCGGGUGCUGCUGUCACCACAGGCAGACAAACCAGGAAAUACGGCAGAUUAUAUUAAUGCCAACUAUGUGGACGGUUUCAGGAGGCCGCGGGCAUACAUCGCUGCUCAGGGCCCUCUCAGGUCCAGUACUGAGGACUUCUGGAGGAUGAUCUGGGAUCAGAAUGUCAGCGUCGUCGUGAUGAUCACCAACCUGGUGGAGAACAGCCGGAGGAAGUGUGAUCAGUACUGGCCCGUGGACGUUCAGGAGGAAUACGGCAACUUCCUGGUUUCUGUGAAAAGCACCAAAGUCCUGGCCUACUACACAGAGAGAACCUUCAGUCUGAGAAAAAACAACUGUAAAAAGAGCUCUCAGAAGGACAGUCAGCGGACAGUAAGACAGUUUCAUUACACCCAGUGGCCGGACAUGGGCAUUCCAGAGUUCAGCCUGCCGCUGCUCAGCUUCGUACGCAAGUCGUCACGAGCCAACGCCGAUGAUACGGGCCCUCUGGUGGUGCACUGCAGUGCUGGUGUUGGCCGGACCGGAACAUACAUCGUCCUGGACAGCAUGCUGAGGCAGAUGAAGGAGACGGGCACCAUCAACAUCACCGGCUUCCUUAAACACAUCCGCACGCAGAGGAAUCACCUGGUUCAGACUGAGGAACAAUAUGCUUUUAUCCAUGAUGCUUUGGUGGAGGCCAUCUUGUUUGGAGACAGUGAGGUGACGGCUGCUCACUUACAUAGGUACGUGGAUGACCUGCUCACCCCGGACCCUGCAGGGAGGACCCACCUGGACAAGCAAUUUAAGCUGUUGUGUGAGUGUGGAGUGAAAAAGGAGGAUCUUACUGGUCUGCAGGACUGGAACCUGAACAAGAACAGAGACCGCUCCAUCAUACCAGCUGAGAGGUCACGGGUUCAUCUAUCUGUGAUGGCUGGAGAAUCAUCUGACUACAUCAACGCUUCCUACAUUUCGGGCUACAGGUUACAUCCAGAGUUCAUAAUUACCCAGAAGCCUUUGCCCAGCACCACGAAGGACUUCUGGAGGAUGAUAUGGGACCACAACGCACAGGUCAUCGUAUCGCUGCCUGGAGUGGAGGAGGGGCUGGAGCCAUGUGUCUUCUGGCCUCACAAAGGACAACCAAUCAGCUUCGAUCAGUUCACCGUCACUCAGAGGAGCCAGAGUCACAUUUGUCUGUCUAAUGAGGAUGAGCUGGUGGUCCACACAUACACACUGGAGUCUGCACAGGAUGAUUAUGUUCUGGAAGUGACGCAUUACAGCACUCUGUGCUGGCCCAACCCAGACAGUCCAAUCAGCCAGACCUUCGAGCUCAUCAACCUGGUGAUGGAAGAAAACUCCCACAAAGAUGGUCCAGCUGUGGUCCACGAUGAUGUGGGCGGAGCUACAGCAGGAACUUUCUGCGCUCUGUCAUCUCUGGUGCAGCAGCUGGAUGCUGAGGGCUCCAUCGACGUGUUCCAGGUGACCCGGCUGCUGAAUCUCAUGAGACCAGGAGUCUUCAGUAAAACUGAGCAAGUCCAGUUCCUGUUUGAAGCCAUGCUGAACCUCAUCGGGACACGAGAACAGGAGAAAACUGCCGGGUCCUUGGACGACAGCAGAACCGUUGUGGUGGGCACCGCCGCCACCGAGAGCCUGGAGUCCCUGGUCUAAAUUAACUAAAACAGAAGAAAAAUAGCAUUAGUCUUCCUCCUCCAGGCACCAACAGAGGUUCAGAUGGUCCCGGUUCUGCUCAGCAAUAGUGUCUUCAGGACUUGGCCUGCUGUGGUUUUCCUUUGUUAAAACUGGACUUGAUGGUUUGAUAAUGUGCCUUUUUAUACUUCCUGUAUUUGAUACUAGCUGUAGAAUAACUGAGUCUUCCUGCUGUUUGCCUGAAGAUACUUCACUGAAUUCUUACUAAAACCUUUGUAUUUAUUGGCACAGAGCCAAAAAGGGGAAAGCUUCAUUUGUUGACAUGAAAAAAUAUUUUUUGACUAUUUCUUUUAUAGAACUUUUCCACUGAAUUAUUCUGUACAAGCUGCAGCGACGUGAAGAGAAAUAAGGGAUGAGGGAAAAACACUGAUCCAAUGAUUUAUUGUAAAUGUCAUAGAAGUCACUUUGAUGAACCAAAUUUCUAUUAUUAUGCCUAGAUUUUUGUAUUUUAUUCCUCUGGUUCAUGCAAAUGAUUUGAUUUUAGUUGUUUAGAGUGAGAAAAAUUAUGUUUUGUAACUGACUAAAUGUAAUGUAUGAGGUUAUUGUUUCUUUUUUUCUACUAAUGGUUAUUUAUCUGGAUGCAAAACACUGAUUAUUAGCUGAUUAAAAAAAGGCGAAAGAACUCCAAGUAAGCAGCCUUUUUCAUAUACAAACACCUGCAUCUAAAGCAAACCCCCAAGUAUGAUCCAGCUGGUCUACAACAGAAUGAGUCAAAAAGAAAAGAAUCGAGGACUUCAGAGAACUGA